AUGAAGACCACCACCAUCAUCACCCUCCUCCUCGCCACUCUCGCCGCAGCUGCUCCGGCUCCUGCUGCCGCCGACGAGAGCACGCUUGAGAGACGCGGCUGCCCCGCGGGCUAUUCGUGCAUGAGCGGAGAGUGCUACCAGUACACCUGUGCCAGCUCUGGAUGGUGCUCGUGGUCGCCCAGUGGACAGGCUUGCUAA